AUGGGUAAAGCAGGUGUGGUGCUCAUUCCUGAAGGCAUGCUGGAUUGCUUUGCUGCCACCCGAGAAGAUACAACGCUGCACACGUCUCGAACCAUGCAGGUGCACAAUGAGGAGGUCAUAGACCUUUUGGCCCCGCUGCCUCCGCUGCAAUCGAAGGCGCUUCUCCACGUGCCCUCAGCAUCAGUGCAGAUAGAAUUCUCCUUGUCAGGAGGCGAACCUCGAGGUACCGACUUUGCUGGAGUCGUCGAGCUCCCUGGUGCAUCUGCGCAUGUCCUCGGACUCACUCAGUGCUUUGUGGAGUCCGUGGGCGAGGCCCAACAUGAGAGGCGCAGAACUCGAGCUCGGAUCGGCUGGACGAUGGCCUGA